AUGAAGGCCACGAUGAUCUCCCUCCUAUCACUCCCCAUUCUACUUCCACAACUUGUCGGCGCAGUUUCUUUAGCCUGCGAUAAUGUACGGGUGGACGGCAAGAAGUUUGACUUUUCCAAGCUUGGAGGUCGACAUUCAAUCUCCGUCCUCGACGACUCGAGACCUCCGGCAGAAUACAAUACUACGUGGACGAUCGACCUAUGUCAGCCGCUGAAGAAGAUCGAUGGUGUCCGAGACGCUGAUCAGUGUCCCAGCGGUACAAGAGUAUGCGGGAUCGUUGAAUCCUGGAAUCCCGCGGACGAUCCUGAUAAGAAGCACAUCGAACUCGAGAAUGUCAUCCCAGUCGCUGGCAACUUUGACGCAAGCACUGGGCAGAAUCUCAAUCCUAAGUUCACACGACUGAAGGCUCAAGACUCCAAUAGCGAGGGUGUUCAGAUUGAACUUCACGGUGGGAACUACGGGAAGAAGAGACAACAAGCUGUGAUCCAACUCCAAUGCGAUCGAGACCGAACAGGAAAUGAACAGGUGAAGAGAGCAGAAGAAGGGGACGACGGAGACAAGGGCGACAAGGAUGGGGAUGAGACACCCCCGACUGGCAGUUUGACUUAUGUCAGCUACGGUGAUGUAGAGGGUAAGGAACGCAUUCAAGUCUUGCGCUUGAACUGGAAGACGAAAUAUGCAUGCGAAGACUUCACUGAGCAUGAUGGUGGAAAGGAACGCGGAUGGGGAUUUUUCACCUGGUUCAUUCUAAUCGGAUUCCUUGGUGCUGCAGCGUACCUCAUAUUCGGAUCAUGGCUCAACUACAAUCGUUAUGGCGCUCGAGGUUGGGACCUGUUGCCUCACGGAGACACCAUUCGUGAUCUUCCUUAUCUCUUCAAAGACCUGUCUCGAAAGGUGGUUGAUACCGUCUCUGGGGCCGGUUCUAGAGGUGGCUAUAGUGCUUUGUCCAAGGAGGAAGAGUCCGAAUCAACAGACGCGGAAGUCACUCGAGAAGACCAAGACAAAAUCAACACUUUCUCAAAAUUGCACAAUCGGAGCAAGACUCUUCAAGAGGAACUCGGCCAGAAACAGAAGGACAAAGAAGACCUAGAAGAGCUUUCAACUGAACUCGAGCUCGCUGAUGAAGAUGAACUAGUCCCGUACAAGAUCGGAGACUCAUUUAUGAAUCUCCCACUUCCCGAAGCACAGGACCUGCUGUCCACGGCAACAAGUGAGCUCGAAUCGGAAGUAUCCACCUUGGAAGAGGAAUUAAGCGGCUUAAAAGAAGAAUUGGAUGGUCUCAAAGCCCAUUUGUAUGCGAGAUUUGGAAAAGGUAUCAAUCUUGAGGCUUAG